GGGGACCAAAGUUCCUUGUGCGUGAGUAACUGGCUCUUCAUGCCAGAGAACGAGACUGUAGGAUGAGUAAGCUGCACUGAUCUGUGUUCCUGCCUAAAUAGUAUUUCAGUUGUUUGCAAAGCAUCAAAGGGCUGACUUCAAACUGCAAUGGCUGAAGAUCCCCCCAUCACAAAACUUCACGUCUCCACCAACAGUAAUGAGGAAGCCAUUCUAAGAGCUCAAGGGUUCAACUUCAUUAAUGUUAACCUCAAUUCUGGUAACAAAGGAAGACAAGUGUUUCUUUGGUACAAGAAGGAGUGUGGUGUGAAGCCUAUCACCAGGAUCCAGUGCUCGUUUAAUGAUCAUUUAAAAGCUGGUUUGCUCAGUGCUGGGUUUGAACAAAUAUCAAGGGAUCUGAAUGCAGGAGCUGGUGGAGAUUUCAUCUAUCUUUGGUAUCUCAAAGAUGAAGAUGUUCCCAUUGUGGACCUGAAGGUGACCAUGAACGUGACACAGGAACCAAAGCUCCUAAAGAACGGCUACGAAAGGCUGGGAUGUGACCUCAACCGCAUGGCAAAUGGAAACUUUGUCUAUCUGUGGCUAAAGCGCAAGGAGCCGACCUACAUCUGUGAAAUCACCGCAACCUUUGGCUUUGAUGAUGACCAGUCACUUUUUGAGGAAGGCUACACUCGUGUGGAUGAAGACAUCAACCGGAGAGCCAAGGGGGAGUUUGUCUUCCUCUGGUAUCGCCGCUCGAAAGACAAGAGCAAAGCCCUGAGUGCUGUGGCUGUCUCCACCAGCUCUCAAGAAGAGUUCAAUCUGCAGAAGAAAGGUUUUAAACAGGUGGCAAAAGACCUGAAUAAGGGAGCAGGUGGGCCUUUUAUCUACAUCUGGAGCCUGCAUGAUGGAUGUCAGAAGAUACAAGGCUUCAAUCUACUGAUUGACCCCCAAGCAAAGUUAGAGUAUGAGAAGGCUGGUGUUGAAGUCAUUGAAAAAAAUCUCAAUGAAGGCACCAAGGGCAACCGGCUCUAUGUUGCAUACUAUGCUGCAUGAUAGCAUUACAGAUGCAUUACAGAUUUGGUAACACUUUAUUUAGAUGGUUUACUGUUUAUGCUUUGUAGAUGCUCAGUCUUCAUAUCUAUGAAAGUUGUGUGAAAUUCUAUUAAAUCUGUCCCUAAUCUCAAGACACCUACUCCUGAACCUAACCCUAACCUUAAUGUUGUUGAUAAUUAACUGAAUUCCACUACAAAGUUUGUUAAUAAUAUAAGUAUCUGUAGAUCAUCUAAAGGAGACCAUCCAAAUGAAUUGUGACCGAAGGUUCCAGCUAAAGCCAGCCACCACAUCUUUUCAAAUUGCCGCUAACAUGAUGUCAUUGAACAGCGGAACGCGCUUGGAGGAGAAUGCUAUUUCCCAGCUCUGUCACAUGUGGGUGUGUGUUCCUGGGUUCAUUAUCAAUAAAUGUGCUGUAUCAUAUUUUGCUGAUUUUAGCUGAUGAUGAAUCGUAGACUGAAUUAUGCACAUAUUGCCAACAUUACACAGCAUGAGCCACACAGCAUACUAGUCAGCUAAGCAUAUUCUUAUACAACCCCAUUCCCAAGAAAGUUGGGAUGCUGUACAAAGUGUAAAUGAAAACAAAAUGCAAUGAUUUAAACCCUAUAUUUAUUUGAGAAUAGUACA